AUGCCUCCCACCUCAUCUCGACAUGCCCAAAAUUCCCCUCCCGCCGGCACGAAAGUCAAUCAAGUCAUCCUCGGAAAUCUGCUCUUCAAAACUUGGUACGAUGCCCUGUACCCAGAGGAGCUUGUGAACAAGGAGACGGACACGUUAUACGUUUGCGGUUGGUGUUUCCGGUACACGUGUGACAAGUCCGCGUACGUUGGCCACAGACGGGUCUGCCAACUCCGGUCCACACCGCCAGGCACCCAGAUUUACAAUGACGCUGGCUACUCGGUAUGGGAGGUGGACGGGGAGCGCCAGAAGCUCUUCGCCCAGAACCUGUCUCUAUUCGCCAAGCUAUUCUUAGACCAGAAGUCGGUGUGUUUCGAUGUCUCCGGGUUUCUCUUCUAUCUCCUGGUAUACAUUGACCCCGAAAAUCCUGGAGUUCAUCAUAUUCUAGGAUACUUUUCGAAAGAGAAGAUGUCUUGGGAUGCAAACAACCUCGCUUGUAUUCUUAUAUUUCCUCCAUAUCAGCACAACCAAUUGGGCAAACUUCUCAUGGGGAUCAGUUACAGGCUUAGUAUGUGGGAAUCGGAAAGGGGAAUUGGCACCGUCGGAGGGCCUGAGCGACCGCUCAGCGAGAUGGGAGAAAGAAGUUACAUCAGAUUCUGGGAGGAGCGAGUUGCACGAUACUUCCUUCGAGACCUUCAGCAAGUAACGAAUGGGAACGGAGGGCCUGUUAAACCUCCCAAGACAAAGAAACGAAGAAAAGCGAAAAGCCUCAGCGGCUGA